GGGAUACAAAAUAUGAGAUAAUUUCAUUUAUUUAUGAUUUGUUCCGAAGUAGUCAAGGCAAAAAUGGGAACACUGAGAUGGAUCGUUCAGCAAUUCUGAAGACGAACUGAAAAAUUUUUAUUUUAGAAUGUCGCCUAUGUAAUAUGUUUCUUGAGCCUACUAUACUUCUAGGAAAGGUUUCUUGCAAGUUGAACCAAACGUUUGGUACGUUAACUCAUUUUAUAAUUGCACGUAAAAGGCACUACAUUCGUGCACGACCUGGCAAAAUUUGCUAUUUAUUUUGCCCAGUUAUGUACCUUUGAAUUUGAAUGUUUCGCAGUGAUUUCAUGUGUGAGUGCUAAAUCACUAAUUUCCUUCCUUCCUUGAAUUUCAGCUUGGGAUUAUCAAUUCCGUUACGACUAUCAAAUAUGCGCGUCAACAAUUGACCCCCACAGCCACUUUUUAGCAGCGAUCUCUGAUGUGAACGUCGUUAUGAUUAAAAAUACCGCGUUAUAAAUAGAACGCGCUUGUAGAUAUAGACAAAAGAAGAAAAAAUGGAAAACACCGCGAAACGCGUAAAAUAUACCUUGCAGUUGCAGAGUUGAUUCAUUAAGCUAAACACCGGGAUAUUGCUAAUCAUUAAAUUCCAAUGACAGUGUUCAGUUUCAACAAUUGUUUUCUGAGAUUAAUCUGAAUUAUCAGUAUCAUAACUCAUAAGAAUUGCGAUAGAACUUUAUAAUUAUUUUAUAUGAUAAUGACAUACUGAAGAUCUGCGAAACGUGAUCUAUUUCUGAAGUGAAUUCAGUUUGAGGCAGUAUGAACGAGGAGACGAUUCCUCGUGUUAACCGGGUUAAAAUUGGUGACCGGAAUCUAUGGAGAGAAUAUGGGCUCCUGGUAGAGCGAUUCAAGCCUCUGGAUCUGGGUCAAGGACAUCCUGAUUUUAUUCCAAAUAUAGCGAAAGAAGCCUUGCUAGAAGUAGCGAAUUCGAGUGAUUCAUCAAUACAUCAGUAUUCCAUCAGUAAUGGACAUCCAAGGCUGCUAAAUGCACUAUCAAAGCUAUACUCAACGCUGCUCAAAAGGACCAUAGAUCCAAAUACGGAGCUGUUAUCUACCAUGGGGGCCAAUGAAGCACUGUAUUGUGCAAUUUUAGGGCUGAUCGAGGAUGGUGACGAGGUUGUCGUCAUUGAACCAUUUUUUGAUUUGUAUGUUCCACUUAUAAAGAUGGCUGGAGGAACUCCAAGAUUUGUGACACUUAAAAAGAGCUGUACCGGUUCACCAAACACGUCUGCAGAUUGGAUACUUGACCCCUAUGCAUUAGAAAACGCCUUCAACGAAAAAACAAAAGCAGUGAUAAUGAACACCCCUAUAAAUCCAUUGGGGAAAAUUUUUGAGAUAGCAGAACUACAAAAAAUUACAGAUUUAUGCAGGAAAUGGAAUGCAGUAUGUAUAUCUGACGAAGUUUAUGAAUGGAUGGUAUACAAACCUAGAGAACAUGUGCGAAUAGCAACGUUCCCAGGAAUGUGGGAAAGAACACUUACAAUAGGAUCUGGUGGGAAGUCGUUUUGCAUAACAGGCUGGAAGGUAGGAUGGGUAUACGGCCCAGACAAACUCAUGAACCAUUUGAAAGUGAUCCAUCAAAUGGCAGUGUACGCAGGUAGCACACCUCUUCAGGAAGCUGUUGCCAUCAUGCUGGAAAAAGAGAUAGAACUUCUGGGGACUCCGGAGUCAUUUUUUCACAAAAUGCAGGAAAAUCUUAAGAAAAAUAGAGAUUAUGUUGUCGAUGUACUAAGAAGACAUAAUUUUUUGCCCGUCGUACCUGACUCUGGAAUAUUCUUGAUUGCUAACUGGUCAAAUCUAGAAAGCAAACUAAAUAUAAACGUAAAAAAUGGUGACUACAAAGACGUAGGCUUCACCAAAUGGCUGAUCGAAAGCAUUGGCUUGCAUGGAAUGCCAUCCACCAUGUUCUACAACAAAGAAAAUAGAAACGAAAUGGAGAACUUCGUUCGAUUCUGUUUUAUUAAGGAUCAUGAAACCUUAGAGAUUCUACCUAAGAUUUUAGACAAACUACAGCUACACUGUACAUGAUUUAUCAUCACAUCCAAUAAGAACUGUGGAAAACUAAAAUGAGAAUUUCAUGUAGAAAAGUCGCCACGAAGCCAUCGUUUCGCAUCUCUGGAAUCGUUUCCAUACGUCUUGCCAUACCUAGAUGAACAAAACAAUAUAAAUGUACAUUUAUAGAAUAUUUUGUAUUUUUUUUUAAAUAUAUGCAUUAUAAUACGAUGUAAUUCC